GGCGGGUACAGUGCUGGCUGCUCUCCGCAGUACAGAUCUGCGGAGAGCACCAGAGCAGAGCUCCUCCACAGACCACAGCCGCAGGGCACGCACUGCACCUCAGAGGAAAACCUCACAUAGAAAUACACGCUGGAGGAGAAACUGCUACCUCACAAGACAGAAGAAAAGACAAAGAGGAGGAGAAGAGGUGGUGAGAAAAACUAGAGAUUGUCUGCGUUUUCUCAGAAGAACACAACUUUCAGGGCAAACGGCUCUUUACAUUCUACUUUUGGAGUUCCAUUUAAUAAUGUAUCUUCUGCCUCAUUUUGGUCUCACUUUGCCUUUUUAAAAGUUUGAAAUACAGGAUCCGCUUCAAGGACCUUGAGAUGUCUGAUCACAGAAACUACUGAGGGAGCUUAUUCUUUGCAAUAAGGAUCGAUCCCAACGCUACAGCAGAGGCUCCUGAAAUAGAGGAAACACCUGCAAACUUUUCCUCUCCAUAUCUUGGAAGUUUUUUCUCGGCUCCAUCUGCCCCUGCCUCCACCUCAACCUCAGGAUGGCUGGCUGCACCUGCCGCUGCAGGCAAGGCUUGCUCAAACUAAUGCAGUCCCUGCAGAGACUGGUCUCAGGAACCCUCACAAAAGAUAAAACAGAUGAGGAGGUGGAGAUGGCGACGGUGUGCUACAGGCCAGAGGGUCUUGACCAGUUGGAAGCCCAAACUAACUUCAGCAAACAGGAGCUGCAGAUCCUCUAUCGUGGUUUCAAGAAUGAAUGUCCAAGUGGUGUUGUAAAUGAGGACACAUUUAAACACAUUUACGCACAGUUCUUUCCUCAUGGAGAUGCAAGCAUGUACGCCCAUUAUCUUUUCAAUGCAUUUGACACGACAAACAAUGGCUCCAUUAAGUUUAAGGACUUUGUAAUGGGUUUGUCUACACUGCUGCGAGGAACACUGAGAGAAAAGCUUGAGUGGACGUUUCACCUUUAUGACAUUAACAAAGAUGGCUACAUAAACAGAGAGGAAAUGACUGAGAUUGUGAGAGCCAUUUAUGACAUGAUGGGCAAGUACACGUACCCUGCACUAAAGGGCGACGUCCCGCAGCAGCAUGUGGAUGCCUUUUUCCAGAAAAUGGAUAAAAACAAAGAUGGAGUGCUGACUUUGGAGGAGUUUAUUAUAGCCUGCCAGGAGGAUGAAAUCAUGAUGAGAUCCAUGCAGCUGUUUGAAAACGUGAUGUAGGUUAUGAGGAGAUGAUGGAAAACAAAGACAUGGAAAAUGAGAGGACUUGGUGUGACUGUGAGUGUGAAUGUGAGUGUGUGUGUGUGUGUGUGUGUGUGUGUGUGUGUGUGUGUGUGUGUGUGUGUGUGUGUGUGUGUGUGUGUGUGUGUGUGUGUGUGUGUGUGUGUGUGUGUGUGUGUGUGUGUGUGACAUUCAGUCUCUCCUCUUCGUUCCAUUUUAUCAGCUCUGGUCUGGAUAAAGUCAGAUUCCCUCACCAUGACUUGAAUGAGGAGACUGGACUGGAAUGCUUUUAGCUUUCCUGCAGAGUUUUCCCACCCAAUACAAACUGACUGAUGUGACAAAGACAUUGCUCUCAGUCUUGUCUAGAAGAUUGGUCUGUUAGAGAUAUAAAGAUGAUCCUACACCGCAAGGCUGCACCAGCAAAGAGCUAUUGUUCAACCAGAAGAGCUUCUUUUUUCUUUUUCCAUAAGACCUUUUUUUUUUUAGCAAAAUUGAAUUGCAUGCUUUUGCAAGAGGUUUUCAAUUUAUCUCCUAACAUGUGUCUGAUUUGUUGUGGGAAUUUGGCCAUAAGGAUUAUUUCUUUUAAACUCAUGCUUCACUGUUGCAGUGACCACUGCACUUUUGUGUUGACCUGGUUGUCACUUGCCUGCGGAGUCUGUAUGGUGCUUGUUGUUAAGAUUCUAAAGCUAACCGUAGAAAUAGAAAGUCAAAGAAUUUGGAGCUAGUAAAUUUUAUGGUUCUGAUAUUGUGUAGUAUGUGCUUGUCUUUUAUGCCUAUGUUCAAAAGUUUUAGUAAAAAGAAAGAAGGACCUGAAUUAUUUUUUAUAUGUUCACCUACCUGCUGCUUUACUUCUUGUGGUCAAAUUGCUGCUUUGUCAAAAAUGUAAAACAAAAAAAGUGCGAACGUUUUGAAUUUCAUGAUAAAAUGUCCGCAAAUGAAGAUGAUGAAUAAAUCAGGAAGAGGCUUGUUAUCAUCAAACCAAUAUCUGUAUUGGCACCGAUGACAGGAAGUCAAAGUUUAUCACAAAGAUAGUAACAAUAACGACAGAUACAAUGUGUAGGGUCCUUACUUAUUGAUCAACAUCAUAAGUAUGUAGUUACACAAGAAAUGCCAUACCUAUAAGG